AUGAAGGAUGAGGCACGGCCUUAUCAGUAUCACGGGAAUACUAUUAUAGUCUUCAUUGGCGAGGAACUUUCACGAAAACAUCUUCAAGCUGGACAUACCUUUUUCCAGGGAUCAGCGAGUGCCAGCGUCCUUGUCAGGCGAUUAAUUAACCGCAUUCAAACCAUUGAAAAUCGAACCAAUGGGUUAGAAUGCAGACUCUGCUGCUUGCGAAAGACAUUUACCUUCAUAGACUCUCUUCCUUUACCCGGAUACCAGGAUAAGGCGCAAGCACUUCGCAUACUCUGGGAAUACGUUAGAUGCUUGGAACCAUGUAUAAUUGGUGCAGAACGCUCCAAGCAUAACCUGCUAAUUGAGGUUCUGAAAAGCACCAGCGAAUACCUCUCAGGACAUAAUGAGUUUGUUGUGAGAUCGACAAAUGACAAAGUUGAUGUGAGCUGGAGGGAUGAGGUUCCAAUCAAGAAAGGGCGAGUCACGGGCCUUGAUUCUAAGGCGAUUAUUGGGAGCCUUAAGGAAAUCAUUACACAUAGGUUGAACGCCUUAGACAAAGGAAUGGAAUGA